AUGGGAUCUCUUGGAGACGUCGAAGCAACCCGUGAUGAGUUAAACCAGAGCCCUCCCCUCCCGUCGCUAAAGUUGAACGAUGGCAAUUUCAUCCCAAUGCUCGCUUAUGGAAUGGGGACCGCGAACUUCAAGACGAGCAGCGAGCCAAUCGACCAUGUGAUCGUCGAAGCCGCGAAGAACGCUAUCCAGGCAGGAUUUCGACAUUUGGACGGCGCCGAGGUCUACGGGAACGAGAUCGAGAUGGGUUUAGCAAUCAAAACCUCUGGAGUUCCUAGAGAAGAGCUCUAUGUGGCAACCAAGCUUUGGGAUAUGACCAAUCCGAAGGCAUCGUUUGAGUUGUCUCUGCGCAGGCUCGGUCUCGAGUUUGUCGACUUGUAUCUGAUCCAUGCUCCUUUCAACGCACGAUCAGAUGUAGAGCUCCAAUGUGCCUGGGCUCACAUGGAAGAACUGAAGCUGUCUGGUCGCGUCAGAUCGAUUGGUGUUUCGAACUUCAAGCUUUCACACUUGCGAGCUAUUUUGAAGACCGCGACAGUCCCUCCUGCAAUCAACCAGAUUGAAUAUCAUCCCUACAUCCAGGAUGACCAUCUCCUGCGGUUUCACAAGCAGCACAACAUUGCCAUUGCUGCCUAUGGCUGCUUACUUCCGUUGACUCGGGAGGCCGACGAUUCCGUGGUUAGUGUCUGGCAAGACCUUGCACAAAAGCACGAGGUGACCAUCUCCGACGUUGGACUUCGAUGGUCAGUUGAGCAGGGACUCAUAACAAUUACAACAACAUCCAAGCCAAAGCGUAUGAAGAUCAUUCUCCGCAACGUUCCGGGUCUUCAACUCACCAAAGAUGAUAUGACCAAGAUAGCGAAGGCAGGCGAAGGACAUCGCCAGAGAGGCUUUUGGGUAGACAAUUUUGGUGAGCUUGAGGAGCCAAAGGAGGCAACCAUUUGA